AUGAAAUUCACUGGUGGGCAUCAAGAAACUUCCAAGAGAAUCCGUGUUGCAGCCAGGGGGGCCCGGAAAGUGAAGACGGGUUGUUUGACAUGCAAGAUCCGUCACAAGAAAUGCGACGAGUCUAAGCCGGCCUGCUUGGAAUGUAUCAGCGCUGGGUGGAAGUGUGAUUUCCCCAAGCCUCUCCCUCUAGCAGGUUCAGGCAACAUCGCUCGCUUGCUGCCCAACCCUUUGGUGCAUAAUCCUCAACAUGCCUCACCUUUGCUUAACCUUGAUGGGCUUCAUAUGGACUACUUCCGGGUCGUCUGUGCCCCAGAAAUCUCCCUCUACUUUGAGCAGCCCAUCUGGGAGACCCUGAUUCUACAAGCGGCCACGACAGAAGCUACCAUCUACCACGCUGCACUCGCUAUUGGGGCUCUCGGGAGGAGUCGAUACUGCCCUGGCACGGACCUUGCAGGCUCAGCAACCCGUUAUUCGCUUCAGCAAUAUGGUUCGGCCAUCCGGGCACUGCAAAGCCGGCUGGAUCCUUCGCCACAGAGCCUAGAGCUAUCAGUGCUGGCAAGCAUUGUUUUCGUUGUCGUCGAAAUCCACCUAGGCUUAAGCAGCAAGGCAGAAUUACACGCCCAUGCUGCAUUAGCACUCGUUCGUCUUCCAUAG